UGCAGGGCAGGGAUAUGAAUUUAGGUAGCAUGCAUGCUUGCAUUUUUCUCUAUAUAUUCCUUGCCUCUUAAUUUGCUCCGGGGGCAAGCUGCACCCGGACACCCGGUUAAGUGUUAGCCACCAUUGCUAUCAACACGAACGAAGCACAGCAAGCACGCACGGCCAUGGAGGCCAGUAGCGACCGCGCUCUGCUCUUACUCCGCAUCCUCCUCUUCUGCGCGCUCGCGUCAGCAGCCACCAUCUUGCUCCCUCUUGCCACAAGGCCAUGCGCCAACUCGCUGUCAAGAACCAUCCUCGCCGUCACAGGCCUCGACCCCUACCUCAUCUCCUGCGCCGGCGACGCCUCGGAAGCCUCACUGUCUGAAGGCGACGGCGCGGGCAAGAAGCCCCGCAGUGGCGGACCCAUAGUGACCGACCUGCUGUGGUGCGGCAAGCCCGACCUCCCGCCUCACGCUCUCCCGCCGUUCCACUGCUGCCCGCCGAUGCCGUCGUCGGAGCCGAUCAACUUCACGUUCCCCGACCCGGGCGAGCCGCUCCGGACGCGACGACCGGUGCACGAGGUCGGCGCGGAGUACAUGGCCAAGUACGCGCGCGCGGUGGCGCUGAUGAAGGCGCUGCCGCACGACGACCCGCGUAGCUUCUACCAGCAGGCCAACAUCCACUGCGCCUAUUGCACCGGCGCGUACCGGCAGGUGGGGCGGCCGGAGCUGCCCGUGCAGAUCCACUUCUCGUGGCUCUUCUUCCCCUUCCACCGCGCGUACCUCUACUUCUUCGAGCGCAUCGCAGCGAAGCUCCUGGGGGACCCCGGGUUCGCCAUGCCGUUCUGGAGCUGGGACGUUCCCGAGGGGAUGCGCAUACCCGCGGAGUUCGCCGCCGAGGCAUCGCCGCUCUACGACCCGAUACGGAAUCCGAGGCAUGCGCCGCCCACGGUCGUUGACCUCGACUUCAUGGACGUCGAGAAGAACUACACGAACGAGCAGCAGAUCCAGUACAACCUCUGGGCCAUGUAUAAACAGAUGAUUAGCAACGCCCCGUUGCCGUCCCUCUUUCACGGGCAGCCAUACCGCGCCGGCGACGCGGAGAAGCCGGGCGCCGGCACGGUUGAGAUAUACCCGCACAACACGAUGCACGGGUGGACGGGCGACAUCUCGCGCCCCAACCACGAGGACAUGGGCGUCUACUACUCCGCGGGGCGGGACCCCAUCUUCUACCCUCACCACGCUAACAUCGACCGCCUGUGGGAGGCGUGGCGCCGCAUCGGCGUCGCCCGCGGCAACCGGCGCCAGGUGGACUUCACGGACCCGGACUGGCUCGAAUCCUCCUUCCUCUUCUAUGACGAGGAAGCCCGCCUCGUGCGCGUCUCAAUCCGCGACAUGCUCGACAUGGGGCGGCUCCGUUACAGGUACGCUGGCGUCGGGCUGCCAUGGCUCAGCGCGCGGCCGCCCGCCACCCCCGGCGUGAACAGCAGGAGAGGCAAACUGAAGUCCGUCAGUUUUCCGGUGUCGCUCGACGCGGCGGUGUCCGUGGAGGUCAGGCGGCCGGGAACGCUGCGGAGCCGGCGGGAGAAGGAGGCGCGUGAGGAAGUGCUGGUGGUCGAGGGCGUCGAGACCGACGGCGCGGACUUCGUCAAGUUCGACGUGUACGUGAACGCCGUGGAGUACGAGAAGGUCGGGCCGGGCGGGCGGGAGAUGGCUGGCAGCUUCGUGACCCUGAAGCACCCCGGCAAGGAGGGAAUGGUGAUGAGGACGAGCAUGAGGGUGGCGCUGAACGAGCUCUUGGAGGACCUCGGCGCCGACGGAGACGAGAGCAUCACCGUGACGCUGGUGCCGGCGAGGGGAAAGGCCAGGAUCGGAGGCCUCAGAAUAGUGUACAUGGCAGAGUGAUUUUAUUUUUACAGCAUGAGUAAGCUGCGUGUUACGUUGCCGAUCUUUUGGAGAAUCGUCGCUUGUAUUUUCUUGGGUAUAGUGAGAAGCGUAAUGAAUAUAUCUGCUUGUGUUAGGCUACUUCUAAUGCUAAUUUCACAGAUAUUAAUUUGAUAUUCAUCUAAGUAAAAAGAUGAUGUCUAAGCAAUUUAAAGA